UAAACGGUCACACUGCUAUUAUUAUCCUAAGCAAUUACCAAAAACGUAAAAUUAUUUAAAAACAUUUCGUUUAACACACUUGAGAGCUUCUGUAAUUAAAAGAUUUAAAUGAUACUCAAAUUUCUGCCUUGUCGUGGAUGUCGAUAGGUCUGCUGUAAGGCUCGGAACAACAGAGAGCGGUUUUCACUCAUGAAGUAACCAGUUCCAGUUACUUACGGUAACCUUAGGGGGAUUGAUUCAGACAACAUGAAGCGCAGAGCCCCAGUCAAGCUUUCAACGCCGAAAACCUUACCGUAUAAAGUGAUAGAAAAUGAAUUUUCCAAGCCUAGUACUGAAGAAAAAAUUAAGAUCUUAAACGACAAAAUGGAUAUGGUUCUCCAAAAUCAAAAGAAAAUGCUUGGGAUUUUACGCCAACUGACGACUCAGCAAACCGGCUCCUUAGGACCCCAAAUAGUUUCGGUAAAUAGCCUACGACAUGUAAUGAGUCCUACGUCAGGGGGCUGGUCGCCUCAGGAGUUUCCCUUGAGAGAAGUGGAACAAUUAGAGACGAUGGAGGAGGAUAUGAAUGAUCCGAUAAAAUCGACCAUAUAUAUCCAAACCAUGAAGGACAUUCUGAAACCCGGCGGGACAUUUCGUCCUGGUGGUCUCAAAAAACAAUUUCAUCUUAUACUCGCCAUCGAUUUUUUGGUUGAUUUCAAUUUUGAUGGUAUCCACAACAAGAUACCGCUGAAGAAGUUUGGAAACUUCAACAACGCUUUGUUUGAAGUUCAGAAGCGUGAAGGUUAUUUUAGAGACGACUACGUCUCUGAAAUCAGACUGGCCUUUCGUGUCUAUAAGAAUCGUAGACAUAAAAGUAUUUCCGAUGCUCGGAAGAAAGUCAAGGAAGCCAUGGCUCAUAUUGAGCCCCAAGUAAAAUUUGAAGAGUUUCUGUAUCCAGAAUCAAAUUAGCUUUC